CAAACGCCUCUCGCAUUAGCUCUUUUAUGUUAUAUCACCUGGCGAGGGGGCGAAUGAGAACACGCAUGCAGCCGGCGCAUGAUUUGGGCCAACUAUUUCAUGUAACUGCACGUGCACAGCGGCCACUAUUUGGUGGAUCGAUUGUGGCUCGAUUGCGUUUUGUGGACUCAUUUGCAUGCCCGAAUCGUGCGCGGGUUCAAGCAACCCGCAAUGUGAAAGUGUUAUGUGAGCUUUGCGAUUGGGGUCUCGCACAAAUUUGAAAUGCGCAAAACGAAAGACUGAAGACACAAACUUGAUGCGGCUGUUUCCUUUUCUAUUUCGCACACAGAGCGCCAUGUUGAACCAACGCAAGCUACAGGCCUACUUGCUGCUCUGCAUAGUGGCUAGCAACUGCCUGCUGCUCACCUUCGCCUUUCCCCAGCAGGAGCUCUACCAGCGACAGCUGGCCCAGUCCCAGUCGCAGUCGCAGUCCCAGUCGCCAGUCUAUAGGCCCGAGAGCAGCGGACGCAAGUAUGCCGUGAAGCCGAACGCCUCCAAGAAGGUGGCGCUGGAUGACAUCGAGGAUGAUAUCGAGGGCAAUCAGAUACAGGAAACCGUGAGCGGACCCGGUGGCUUCACCUGGUCCAACAUGCUGUCCACCGUGAUGACCAUGUUCUUCAAUGGAGCCGCCAAUGCGCCGACCAAGUCCGACGAUGUGGACAACUCAGUUGGUUUGGGCGGCAGCCCCUGGGCCAAUGUCAUCUCCAUGGGUCUUCGCAUCAUUAACACGCUCUUGGGCGGCGGCGCGCCCAGCGACGGCAUCGACAAGGUCGAUAACGGCGGCUCGCCCAUGCAGGGCAUCUUGGCGGCUGUGCUGUCGUCCGUGUUGGGCACCAGAGAUCCAGAUCAAGUCAACUCGAUGGCCAAGCAAGCUGGCGAGUUCAUACAGAUCGUUAUGAAUCUGCUGGACGCACUGAAGACCUCGUUCUCGCACCGUUCGCUCACCGCCCGCUCCCUGGGCAAACGCGACUCGGUGAGCGAUGCAGCCGUCGCUGGCAUUGCGCUCCUCAAAGGCUACGUUCGCACCUACCGCAACGCGGACGACAAGUGCAUGCAGCGCUACAUGUGCGAUGCCAAUACGGACUGCGUGCGUGAAAUCGGAGGCAGCAGCAUCUUCUGCCAACUGGGAUCCUAUGCCACUAGCUACAUGCUUGGCCGCAGCAGCAACACCAGCUUCGAGCACCUGUAUGACGCUGGACGCAGAGGGCGUUCCGGCUUCGAUUGCCGCCAGCUGUAUCUGGAGUGCAAUGAGGUCUAAGGCGUGGCGAGUGCUACGAAUUGAUGGCACAGUUACUGGACGACUUAAAGUAAAUUAAACUUAUUAAAUUAAAUUAAUUUAUGUGCUUACUUGAAACUAGGUCUUAGCUAUUUAUAUUAUUUAUUUAAAUUCUGUAUUUAUUGAAAAUGCUUAUGCAAUU